UGUAACAAUGAAAGAGAUUAUUUUUUGUCAAUAGUAUGAACAGAAAAAUAAAUAGCUUUUGAAAAAUUCGUCGACAAAUCACUGAAUCGGCAGGCAAGCCGAAUUGAAUCGAGAAGAAAAAUACGCGAGCGAAAAGAAAGAAUGAUCGAAAGUUUGAUUGAAGAUCAAAAGUAUCGAGGCGUGAAUCUAGGAAGAAGGAUAUAAUGAUUCUUUUUCUCCGAGAGGACAUUUCAGCGGCUCGCGGUCGACAGCUUCGCGACAAUUGACUCGCGACGGGAUGGUGCAAGAAAUAGCCAGAAGUAAUUGUCGGUUACUCUCAGAGAGACUAGAAAGCUGUGGCCAAGAGAAACAUAUAAAACGGCAACAACGAAGCCCCUCACUUUAGUUGGACGAACCGAACUGUUAAGCUUGCUUUCAGUUCAUCACGAGAGAACGAUGAAUAAUUUGGGUAUCGUAUUGACGUUGCUGUGCGCCAUUUACGGCGUACUAGGAGGUCGACGUUACAUCGCAAUUCCCGUCGACGGUAUCGAAGGUAUCGACGUCAUCGAAGUGAACCCAAUCACAUCCUCGUUGUCGAGGGUGGCUCGACAAACGGAGGCAUACGUACCGGUCGCUAUACCCAGCGUCGUUCAUCAGGACGACUCGAGAGAACAGCGUUCCGAGCGAUCGGCCACGCAUGUCCUGGACUACGUCGAUUUCGGGGGGCAGACUGGCUCCAACGGAGCCUAUAGCUGGUAUGCCGACUAUCCGGCUCAUCAUUUAUAAUUUCUUCACUUCAUCGAGGCGAAAUAAAAGAGAGAAUGUCGCGAAUUUUGAAUUAUAAUUAAAAGCAUAAUAAUUGUAUAAUUGUACAAAGAUUGCACGAAUGAAAGUAAUUAUUGGAAGUGUAAAAGGUGAAAAAGAUAGAAGAUUUAUGGCGGUACAAAAGACCAAGUUCUCCGAAUUCUAAUCUAAAUAAAUUCGAAUAUCUAAAGAUUCAAGAGAUUUACAAUCUAAGAAUUAUGAUACGAAUCAAUGAUAGGAAGUUUUCCUAAAGCAGGAAAGGAUAUUUUAAACAUCGAAUGAUUCAUGAGCUAUAUUCAAGAAAGAUAAUGUAUAUCUUACAUUUUAAGCCAAUUUUCUUUAUUUUUUUCGUACUUGUUACGAUACAAUAAAUAGUGAGAGGGUUUGACAUCUCAUCGUUUUUACGUUAAUAUAUUAUAUUCAGCUAGGUAUCCAUGGAUCUAAAAAUUCAGAAAAACGCAUCGAUCGAUUCUCAUUGCGGUUCGAAUAAAUCAGAUCCAUCGAUUAAGACGAGAGGUACAGCCUCAGGAUAUGAUUAUUUUUAUCUUUGUACAGCCAAGUGUAGUGCCCACACUUUAUAUACGCGUGUUUCCAAAAUGUACAGAAAUUGAUGUAUAUAUACGUAAAAUACAUAUAUAUACGCGUACAUCACUUAGGACGUCAGAGUUGCUUUGCCACAUCAAGUUAGACGUAUCAAACAUUUAGAAACGUCAAAUCGUCAGAUAAAAUUCUGAAUCAUAAAUAUCGAGACUCGAUACGGUGUAUGUCUUCAAAUGGGUCUAAUUUCACGUAGAAAAACACUCUUAAUGUCUGGCAUACACUAAAGCAUUUGCUCAUUGAAAGCUCGUAAGCAACGCGCGAAGAUAUUAUUGGGUUCAUAACAAAUUUAAUAAUAUUUAUUACUAUUGCAUAUCUCUCUUUAUGGAUUCAUUUUUAUUUCUAUUUUCUUUAGUUCCAGUCAAGAAUACGCACAUCGAAAAAAAUGUAUAUUGUAAUCUUAUUUUAUAUUAAUUAAAUUGCACGGAGUGAUGGAUAGAUCGAUGUUAGAAUAGCCACCUGGUAAUUAGUAGACAAAAGUUCGAUUGGAUCUUUGAUUAAAUUAUUAUAUAUAUAUCUACAUAUAUAUAAUCUUUUUUCUUUUUGAAUUAUCGUUCCAGUUGAUUUUUCUAUAUGUAUAUAGUUCUAUAAUAUUAAUUCUUUUACUCAAUGAACUUCCCUUAAUGGGACAUGUCAAAUAAAAUUUUAACUCAUAAUAGCGAGAUUAAAUCUUCAGAAUAAUCUCGCCAAAUCUGCGAAAUCAAAGGCAUAUGAGAUAUUUGGAUUAAAAUCGAACUCGAAACUGCUCGAAAUUACCAAUCACCAGAUAAAUGCUCUACUAUGGACUUUACCCAACACUUUUUACUUAUGACUAAGAAAACUGAUGAAAAGAUUUUGUGCCAAAUAAUCGAAUUAGGUUGAGGUAUGAAAGAACAUGCAAACUUCUUUUAAAAAAUAAAAGAAUUUAAAUCGACAUUUAAUUACGCUAGAGAAAUAGAAUGUUGGUGAUAUUAUGCAACGAAGGAACCGAUCGUUGAGUACAGAGUAUCCAAGAAGACAAUUUUCUUCUAUAUUGAGUGCUCUGUAUAAUGUGAAAGUUUUCUCGUGUGUAUUAAUAAUAAUAAAUAAUUGAUCAUAGUAGCCAAAAUAAAUCUGUCAUUUUUUCCUUUGGACGAGGAACACAAUCUUUCUCUUAAGAGCUUUAUAUUAUAAAAUCGCAAGCAAACGUCAUUUUAUCAAUAUUGAAAUACGAUCACAAUGCUACGCCAUCCGAAAUAAAAGACCAGCGUUCGCUGCACAUAGCCUCUCGAAUUAUUAUUGAUAGAAAAUAUUAAUUAAUUAAUAAUUAUGAUCAUUUUGAUUAUUCCUGCCAAAAAUUAUAAUUAGCAGUUGAUUCUACUGCUUUUAUCCUCCAGUUACAUGUAAAAUUGUAAUUUAAUUCCCUCAUUCCCAAAUUCAUUGUUCAACCAAAUACGUUUGUUCUUAUCUUUAGAGCGUAACACAAUACUACAUUUAAGUUCUUCAAAGUUAUUUUAUAGGUUUGUUAUGUUUUUUUUUUGUUUUUUUGGUAUAUGGUAUCGCACGUUGAACAUUAUGAAAAUCAUUUUGCGAUUUGUACAUAUAUCUUGUACAUAUAACCGCGUUAAUGUGAAUAGGACGAUGAAAGUUUGCGAAAUUUUAUGGGUUGGCUUUUUAUAUCUGUUCUCAGACUCCUAUAAUUUCGAUUAUAUUUUGCCAGUUGAAUGCGUUAAUAUGCAAUUUGAUAAUGGACUACAUUUUGACGCUCUUUUAACAAAUUUCGAUUUACUCUAACUGCACUAUAUUAGGAAGACAAGCCAUGAGACUUUGUCAACUUUGCUCCCUAUUUAUAAAAAAAAUAUUUUGUAAAAAAUUAGGUACACAGUAAGAGACGUCGAUGUCGAUAUAUCGUGGAAUUCGUCACUACUAUUUCUAGUAGUGAUUAUCGAUCUGUCAAAUGCGUCUCAAACAGAAUAGACUAUAAUAUGUCAUUGGAUGAGUGAAUGUAUGUACGUAUAUA